AUGACAUCUACACCUCAAUCAACGUAUAAUGUCUAUGACGAUGAACAACCUUUAUCAACCAGUCUCGGUUACCAACUUGAAAAAAUUAUUAAUUAUCUAUUGCGUCGUUCAUGUGCCGAUGGUGUUCAUCAUUCAGUUCGAAACACCACUGAACAAGUAGCCAAAGGUGAUCAAGAUCUCGCUGCAUCAAAACAAAAACAAUUUGUUACUAUUGGAUUAUCGGGUGGAAGUCUGGUGCAAAUUCUUGCAAAUACUCUACCUUAUCUUCAAUUACCAUGGCCACAGAUAAGAUUCUUUUUUGUGGAUGAACGUCAUGUACCAUUUACGUCCAACGAGUCAACUUAUCACGCGUAUGAUCAACAAUUAUUUCGACAAUUACCAUUAACACAAGAUCAUGUUAUAAAAAUUAAUGCUGAUUUGACGGUAGAAGAGUGUGCAAAAGAUUACGAAGACAAACUACGACGUCUUCUACAGGAAUCAUCAACAAACGAACCGAGUGCUGUUCAAUCGACUAAUGACGAAACAUUUGACAUUCUGUUGUUGGGUAUGGGUCCUGAUGGACAUACUGCAAGUCUAUUUCCUAAUCAUAAAGUAUUAGAUGUUGACAACUGUCUAGUCACAUAUAUAAAAGAUAGUCCAAAACCCCCUCAAGAACGAAUUACGUUAACUUUAACGACGAUUAACAAAGCUAAACAUGUGCUGAUUGUGGCAAUGGGUGAAGCAAAAUCUCAAAUAGUGAAAGAAGUGAUUAAAGACAAAAAUGAACAAUAUCCUAUCGGGAAAAUAAGACCAGCAAUAAAAACACAAGUACGAUGGUAUCUCGAUAAGCAAGCUGCUAGUCAACUAUGA